AUGGAAAGUAUUGAACUUGAAAGUGCUGAAAUCGAAAGUGUUGAAAAUGAAGGCAUUGAAAACAAAAGCAUUGAAAACAAAGGCAUUGAAAAUGAAGGCAUUGAAAAUAAAGGCAUUAAAAACAAAGGUGUUGAAAUCGAAGAUGUUGAAAUUGAAGAAAUGGAAACUGAGCCACUGAAGAA